AUGAACCCAUGGACCCAGCGAUACCUCAAUGGCGACUACACGGUAGUGCUUGUACUUCUGGGUCUCCCGACGUUUGGAUUUUAUGCCUUUUUGCAAGUGGUUCGAGGCUGUGAGCAUCGUGAAGUGUCACAACAGUCAAGGCAAGAGUCCGUCGGAGAAGCUCCUCUUUCCGAAGAGAAGACCAGGCUCUCGCAGGAAAAUCAAACCGUCCUCUGA